GUAGCUUUCCGAUGUCGUUACCCGGAAGUUAACGACAUCGGUAACAAUAGGUGCUUGUAGAAAGGCGGAUCCCUCUCUGCUACUUUGCCUUUCAGAACUUCUAUAGAGCCUAAUUUUACCCUUGAUUCUUCGGGUAGGUCUCAGUUACAAGCAAAACCCAGUUAAAAGUGCUCUCUGGAGUAUUAAAACGACGUUUUAUUCAGUCGAGCUCUAUUCACAGCAACGACAGAAGAGUUUUCCAGCGCUAGCUAGCGAACUUCUAACGUAAUAACAUUUAACUUUGCAACUGCCCUGCAGCACAACAGAAAAAGGAGAAACGCCGGAGUACACACAGGAAGAUGGGAGAUAAAGAGCUGAUGUGGGCAUUGAAGACCGGGGACCUGGACGAGGUCAAAACCAAAUUGGUGACGGCUGAGGAUGUUAACCGGACCUUAGAAGGUGGGAGGAAGCCUCUGCACUAUGCUGCAGAUUUUGGUCAGACGGAUGUGGUGGACUUCCUCAUUUCUAAGGGAGCAGAUAUCAAUGCUCCAGACAAAUACGGGCUCACUCCACUGACCUCGGCCUGUUUCGAGGGUCACCUCUCCUGUGUCAAGCUCCUGCUAGAAAAGGGAGCUGACAAAGACCACAAAACACCGGACGGCAUCAGUGCCUCUGAUGCUGCCAACUGUGACGCAAUUAAGGCUCUGCUCAAGUGAGACACCAUGGUGCAGGAGGUGGCUGGACAGGUGGGUGAGCGGACACACAGAUGGACGCAGCGGUCCCCCAACAGAAGACGGACUCACCCCUACUACCCCAGGCAGCCUCUGUCUUAACACUGCUUUUGUCUGUUUGUUGGAGCAUCACUUUGUUUGUCUGCUGAUUGUUUUUUUUUUUUUUUUUUUUUUUUGCCCCGGGUUUUUGGGGUGGGGGUUUUUCUUCAUUUGACCUCUGUUUGUAGCCAUUUAAGAAGGACUUGUCAAUUAUCUCUCCCUUAGAGACCAAACACUGGGGCAGUGCUCUCACCUUACAUGGAUCCUAAACACUGCAGACUAGAUGCAGACUAGAAAUCAGACUAUACUGUAAGCUCAAAGCUUAGCACUUAAGUACACAGCUCUCAUUUUUAAGAAUCUCUUAUGAAAUGGUCAAAGCUCAGUAGUGUGUUUUUACAACUUCAGUACAAGUAUUUUAUGGCCAGGGCUUAAUUGCACUGUACUAUGAGAUAGAUUGAAACAUACAAUUUCAUUAUUUAACCUUUCAGUAUGUGUGGCCUGUUUUUUUUUAAAUAGACCAAGUUGUCCCCUUAGUCCAGUCUUGAAGCUUUGUAAAUGUUGGGUGAGAGAGGUCCAGAGGUCAGCUUUUCCUUUUCUGCUUGACCCUGUUAUCACUCACAUAUCAAACGGUGUUUAUGACAAAUUAUACGUUGGUAAUGCACAAAAGGUUCCGUAUUCUUUGACCAAUCAUUAUGCUGGCUAACUAGAAGGACUUGAAUGUUGCAGUUUUGAAAUAUUACUGAAUCCCCUCUGAAGUAAUGUUAACAGCUUAUAAUAGGAGGAGGAAUUUUAGAGUUGUGUUCAUUUUGUCAUCCCUGGAGUGAGAUUUCAUAUCUAAAAAAAAAUCCUCUUUUGUUGCAGCUUCUCUGUGUAUUUUGUUAUUGUUGAGCCCCGAGGGCUGUGAAUGAUGGGUAAGAGGAGGUUGGAGCUGAAAGUUGAUGGUGGGGGCUGUUAAUAUUCCCCUUGCCUUAGAUUUGGUUAGAAGCCCUGCCUGUGUUGCUGCAUGUCAAAACAGCCUCUGCUUUUAUGCUAUGAAAUGAUCGGUGUUCUUUCUGUUGCUUUCAAAUGAAUUACUACAAUGUUACAGACAAAAAAAGAUGCUCUUGCUGACUUUGUUGUGACAAAAAGUCUGUAAAAACAAAUAAAAAAAAUCUAUAAAAUCU